CAGAUAGUAUAAUCCAGAAAAUGUAAUGCUGUGACCACUGAAAUAGGAUUUGCCAUUUUGUAUGCUGAAGCUACGCCAAUACCGACGGCACAGUAUUAUUGUACACGCGUCUUGUAAGGUAUCAUUUGCGAAAAAGAAUACAAAUAAUUUAUAAAAAUCAUUUCUUUCUACUGAACUUUAAUUCUGAAAGGUAUGAUACUCAUUUUGAAACUAGCAAUUUGGUUUAAAACUUUUGGCUAUUUUUCAGUUGCUGACGUGUUCUAGAACGGGCCAACCCUGCCCCUACCAUUUUUUUUCACAAAGACGAAAGAGCGGCGUGGGCAGAUGCCAAUGGACGACAUCUAGGCCUUAUGCACACGGCACUGUACCGGUAUUUAGUUUGUAGUCUAAUCUUAGUAUAUCCACGUGCUGCGUUUAUUUUGUCAACAACGAUCUUGUCACGUUUUUGGAAAUUGCAAUCUUGAACUGAAUGAAACUGACAAAUUGAAGAGUAAAUUAGAUGUAGAGUCUAUGUUGAACGGUCAAGCCGGAGAGGAUCUCAUUUUUUUCAAAAUGGAGUCGAGGCGUGCGUAGUAGAACUGUCCUUCUAGGUCUGUGUCUGUGAGUUCGAUGAAUCGAUGUACUGCUAGAAUCUAUAACUUUCCACCCCGAAAGCCGGCCUAGCUGAAAAAAAAGCACUGGUGAUUUGUAAUUUCGUGUAGACCUAGUGCUGUCUAGAUUAGUAAUAAAUAGAUCUAGAAAUCUAGAUCUACGUGGAAGUAAAUUUAUGAUAAAUUAAAUCAGCGUGCUAACUGCACAGUUGGGUAGAGUCAGGAGUGAGUGGAAACUUUUGACGAUUAGGCUAUCUCUAGACUAGAGAGAGAGAGAGAGUGAUUUACAGAUUAUCAUUUGGCGUUUGGUAGCCUACCUCUAAGAACUCAAGACCUAAAUAUAACUUAUUUGUUUGAUAAAGAAUACAACAUGGAUACUUCUACUUCUAGAUCUCGACGUGCUGGUACGAUAGAACCUUUUCUUACAAGGUUUCAUUUGAGUUCUGAAGACGACAAAGACAAAGGUGGACCAAAGAAGAGAGUGGAAACUGCGGGUCACUUUCUCAUGUGCCCUAAUCUUUUUUGUGCUAUAAAAGCUGUGACAAUGAUUAUGCACAAAGACAACAGAAAAGUAAGACUUCAUGCACAUGCGCAAAAAUCUAGACCAAGUCAAUGUGUUCCCUGUAGUAAGCACUUGUGUAUAAUUUGUUGCCUUGUGCUAGCCUGCCUUUCUUUGUCAUCUGGACAAGAAGUUCAGGAAGAGGAGUGGUCUGGAAAACUAGCACCUUCCAAUGUUUCUACUCAAAGUUUGAAUGGAGGGAGUUCAAAAGGUCCGAGCUGGGAUCAACAAGUAGCAGCAAAUGAUGAUGAUGCAACUUUCACUCCUGACACUUCUCAUAGUGGCAAAUUUAUGGCUGGAGAUUUGCCCCUAAGUAAUGAGAGCAGAGUCUUUAUUUUGAGGAUCUUUUCAAGAUACAAUGGUGGGGCUGACAUGCAAACGGAAAGUUUCAUCGCUUUUUUGAAAAACAUCGGUUUGGAAGCACUUGUGAAAAAUGAAAGUCUUAGCGGUGAUACUAAAGGAAGUUUCAAUAUAUCAAAAUCUGAACUUUUUCAUCCAAAGACCAUCUUUCAUGUUGAAAGUAAUUCCAGUCACCACAGAAAUGAAAGCUCUAUUUCCAAAGAAGAGGAAACCGCCAGUACGAUGCCAAGUGAGUUACAAAACAGAGUAAAGAAGUCAGUCCCUGGGCCUGGUGGUCUCAAAGACACCUUUGGUGAGUGCUUGACGGUGGAAGGCAUUUCCAGAAUUUUCCGUCUUGACAAAGACAGAAAGCUCACUGUACCCGAUUUUAUGCGGAUUUGCCCGGCACUUCUUGACCAGCUGGAUGGAGGUUAUUGUAGUCCAAAGUCAUCGAGCACUCAGAAAUAUAACAGCGAGAAGCACAAAAGACAUGAACAUCAUCAAGGAACAGAGGAUACUGUUGAUCACCAUCAUGAUCACGGACAUGACGGACACGAUCAUUCUCACGAUGGGCAUGAACACGAUCAUCAUCACGAUCAUGGGCAUGACGGACACAAUCAUUCUCAUGAUGGCCAUGACCACAACCAUGAUCACGACAACGAGCACUCUCCUUCUAAUGGAACAGAAAGCUCAUGGAACUACAAACCAAAAGCUGCUCAUGCGUGGGGCUACACUAUGCUGUCUGUGACGGUCAUCAGCCUGUGCAGCUUGGCGGGAGCGCUGGUCAUCCCCAGCAGAAGGCGAGUCUUCUACAACCACACGCUGCAGUUCAUGGUGGCUCUGGCUGUCGGCUCCAUGCUGUCCGAUGCUAUGCUGCACCUCAUUCCUCACGCAAUGAUGGAUCAUGGUCACGGAGGGGAUGAUCACAAAGGUCAUGGUCACGGGGGAGAUGAUCACGAAGGUCAUGGUCACGGGGAGGACUCCCCAGAUGGACACGGCCAUCACGACAGCCACAGCAAACACCAGGAAGCCAUGUACAAAGGCCUGGUUGGGCUACUGGGCAUCUAUGGCUUCUUCUUCCUGGAGAGGUUGUUCACACUGUUCACGUCGUCCCAGAGAGAUCGCAAGUCGAAAAAGUCACAGAGGAAGGCCUGUUUGGAACGGAAGGUUUGUGAUGCCUCAGUGUCUAUCCCUAUGGUAGCCAGGGGCCCCAAUGGGAAACUGAAUGAACCUUCUUGUGAGGACACUGUUAUGGUGGUACAUCCCAAUAAAGCCUUGAAGGGCUUUGCAGAUGCCUCCCACGAGUCGUACCUGCACAUGUGUGACGAAUCACAUCUGGCUUCUCCUGUGGAUGAAGUAGGAGUGUCUCCGGAAACCACUGACGUGUUGGCUGCUGAGCAUGCAAUCAGAAAAAAUGGAAAAGUUCUUGAGAAAGUGGAUGAAGAGAUUCUUGGAAUAUCCUUUAAACUGGAGAGCCAUGACAUGGAGACUGGCCAUGAACACAACCACGGCCAUUCUCACAGUCAUAUGGUCAAUGGCCCCCUUCCAGCCAUCGCCCUGAUGGUCAUCAUGGGUGACAUGGUGCACAACUUCUGCGACGGCCUGGCUAUUGGCGCGGCCUUCAGUGCCUCUUUGGCCGGAGGCGUCAGCACGUCUGUGGCAGUGUUGUGUCACGAGCUGCCGCACGAAAUUGGGGAUUUUGCCGUUCUGAUUCGCUCCGGGCUGAGCGUGAAACGAGCAGCUUUCCUCAACAUGGUCUCUGGUAUCCCCUGCUAUCUGGGCGCUGUUGUUGCUCUGCUGGCCGGGGAGUACGGUUAUCUGUCCCAGUGGAUCUUUUCCUGGGUCGGUGGGAUGUUUAUCUACAUCACUUUGGCUGAUCUGAUUCCUGAGAUGUCCUCAGUGUACACAAAGUGCGGAGAGCCAUGGUACCUCCACCUUCUUCUCCAGGCCUGUGGCAUAGCCCUUGGCACAACAAUCUUGCUCAUCCUUGGGGCGGCAGAGGAAGAAAUGCUGCAGGCCUUCCAGCACUGAGGAUGGGGGGGUUGUCUCCCUCCAGCGGGUCUACAGCCCCAGAACCUCCUCCUCCCAGGAUCUUGGGGCUGGCAAUUCCCUUGCAAGUAUGCCCUUUGCUUGAAUCAAGUGAAGGCCUAAUUGACAGACCCGCAGGAACACCAUCUGUGUAAGGACUUGUAUUGUGCUUAGUAUGGCUCUGAAUUAUUCUUGUAAUGAAAUAGCACUAAUAAGCAUGAAACAUUGUUUUUACAGAUGUGUACACAAGUUCCCAAGUUUAAUCAAACAUAUUUUUCGAACAGUUAAUUGAAUUAAGUUAUAUUUGUUUAUUGUAGAAUGAUCUGUGUCCUGAUAUUAAAUGUAAUAGCAUAGAUAUUCAACAUGAACCGAAAUGUUUUGUUUUGUUAUGUCGGAUGGAAUCUGUGUAGAAAAAGGAAUCUCCAUCUUUUUGUGUUUUUGUCUUACAUUACUUGCAAUGGUGGCUGGGCGCUGUUUGCUCAGUUGGUAUCAUGCUGAACUAUGGGGGGUAUGGUCCUGGUUCAAAUCCCAGCCAGGGAGUUUUUGAACUUGAGUCAUUUUAUGGAGUUUUCAAAGCUCUUGACCCACCCUUUUGGCUCAGUCCUAUGUUGAAAGGGGCAUUGAACACAUAUACUUACCUUUUUUUUUUUCCAAUUUUAUUUUUUUACAAUUGUUGAAGUAAGUUUAUUGAUUUGAAUAUUUUGUUUCCCCCCAGCAUGCUUUAACCCUUUGCUUUUUUUCAAUAUUUUGUUUUACCCCUACACUUCCAAGAACAUUCCCGUUUAUCCCGAUGUAAAGCAUUUUGUUGUUGUGGCCAGUGAUCCUUAAACACCAUGUCUGUAAGAGGACCAAACACUAUAGCUUUGAAACAAUUUAUUUUGUAUUAUAUUGUGGUCACCAUGAAAAAAUAUACUGUUUGUCUUUGUCGCUUGUCACCGUUCUCGUGGAACAAGCCUUAAUGUCCAACUUGGUGGACAAAAGCCGCACUGACUUGG